UGUUGCUUAACCAAUGACGUGGAUUUUCAUUGAGAGGCAGUCAGAGCUGCCAGAUAUACAACCUUAACACAGAUUUCCCUGCGACUGCCUUGAAAUUUAUGCCCCGAACCGCUUAUUUUCUGUCUCUUGGUCGCAAUUAUUGUUUUUAGUUCUGCUCCGGCUGUUAUACUAGGUGAGCGAUUAUGUAAAACGUUGAAAUACUGCAGGAUGAGUAAAACCAAAGUGUUAAACCUGAAGGAUAAAAUUAGCGGGAAUGAGGCGGACCUGAGCCUGUCCAACCUCAGUGAAGUACCAGUCAGAGAGCUCGCUUUAUUUCCUAAAGCCACAGUCGUGGACCUGUCCUGUAACAACAUCAUCUCCCUUCCUCCAGAGUUCUGCAGCCUCACCCAUUUAGUGAAGCUUGACCUGAGUAAAAACCAGCUUACCUGUUUGCCAGAUGACCUGGGAAAUCUAGUGAACCUUCAACACCUGGACCUUUACAACAACAAGCUGACCAUCCUGCCUGUCAGCUUCUCCCAGCUCAGGGGUCUGAAGUGGCUCGAUCUGAAGGAUAAUCCUCUGGAGCCCAGUUUGGCCAAAGCAGCAGGAGACUGUCUGGAUGAGAGGCAGUGCAAACAGUGUGCCUCAAAGGUCCUGCAGCACAUGAGAGCUAUACAGGAGGAGUCCGAUCGAGCACGAGAGAAGCGCCUUUUAAAAGAAAAAGAGCUGGAGAGGAAGAAAGAAGCGAAGCAGAAGGAGCGGGAGGCCAGAGAAAGGGAAGCUCGUAAACGGGAGAAGGCGGAGGAGAAGGAGAGGAGGAGGAAGGAGUAUAAUGCUCAGAUGGCAGCUUUGGCUGUGCAGGAGCAACACAAGAAGAAGAGCGAAGAGAAGAAGAAAAAGAACGGACAAGCCGCAGAUAAAAAGGUCGAUGUGAAAGCAGCACCUAAACCACGGCGUUCUCUCAUUGGCCUAAUCCUCAAGCUCCUCCUCCUGCUGACAGUGGGAUUGGCCGGAGUUGCUGCUGCCUGUCAGUUGACCGACCUGCAAAAGGAAGACUUCUGCACGCCGAUCAAUGCUGCCGUGGACGACUGUUUAUCCUGGGCCAAAGUGCAAGAGGGUGUGGUCAGACAACUUGUCCACAAUCUGUCAUCUGCUGCAAAGGACCUUCUUGAGUCCACGCAAACAUCGAAGAACUAAAUGCUUCCAUCAGAGAUGAGAGGUGCAGGCUUUUCCACGCGAUCCUGGUUUCUCGGGGAUGUUUUUUAACACGCAGAAAUUAUUGUCCUGUUUGUGAUGCCAGGAUGUGGAAGGCCCGCACAGAGAUGUGCGUAUAGGGAGAGAUGUCUUAUUCCUAUGGAAUUAUUGUCACUCUUGCACCCUCUUUGUACUACGGCCUGUCUUCUUUUUACAUCAGUUAAAAAUCUCCCUGUGGACAGCGUUUUACACAUUGACCAACAGACAGCUGCAUUAUCGAAAGCGUAGGCUACACUUGAGCUGUUCAUCUAAAUGUGAAGUGGAUACGUCUGCUCUGGAGUGUCGUGUCAGAGCAUGUGCAGUGCCUUGUCCAUCUGGUAAUUUGUUCCUGUCAAAUCUCAUGGGUAAACACUGUAAAUGCUUGAUUUAAUGAGUCAUUUUUAAUACAUGACAAAUAAAAACACAGGCCAAUUUUUGCCAAAAAUGCAAAA